AUGCAGGACAGCCUUCCGGUAGGGAUCCUUGCCGAAUAUCUUGACACGAUCACCACCCUUCUAGACACAAUAACCGAGUUAUUCCAUACGCGGCAGCAACAAUCCCCAAAAUCUCUGGCCGAGGCACGAGCUCUAUUCGUCUUGCAGGCAUUUACGUGGGCAACCUGGUAUCAAACCACGCUACUUCAACUAUGGAGAGACGCAAAAUAUCACAUGAAAUGGCGCCUCUCAGGUCUGCAGGGUCAACGCCAGCCUAUGAUAGUCCCCAAACGAGAAGUUGUCGAGAAAGUACGACCGAAUUAUAUGUGCAAAUGGGCCUUUGAGCUUCUCCGGUCUGAUUUGAGUUCGGUGACGCAGGAUUUCAGGAAACUAUUCGAUGUUUAUAAUGUGCACUUUGGUGACCGUGAGCCACGAUGCAAUCUCACUGCUGCUGCUGAUAGUAGCGGUAAAGUGAGGGCCUGUGAUGGAAAAGCGCCUGGAAACUGCCAAAGAUUCGAAUCCGACGGGGUCCAGAUCCAGUCUGCUCAUGAUGUCCAGUGCCCAGGCUUAGACGCUUGCACUCUCAUAACUUGGGAUGAAGAAUCCUACAAAUCCGCCAAGGGGGCCAGAGCAGUCUCUCUGGAAGAUACUGACGACAAGUAUAUUCGCUACUGUCCCGUGACCACGGAAACCCUAGCGGUUUCUCACGUCUGGAGCCAUGGUCAGGGAGGACGACCCGAGACUGGAUUCAACCUCUGUCUUCAUCGCAGAUACACCAAAUUGGCGCGGUCGUUGGGCUGUAAUUCAUAUUGGAUGGACUCUCCUUGUAUCCCGACAGAAAUGGAACUGCGAUACGAGGCUAUGGGCCAUAUUAAUCACAACUUUAUCAAUAGCAAAGUCACCUUGCUAGUUGAUCGGGACCUCAUGGAGAUUGAUAUUGACCCACCUUCUCUCGAAGCAAAGGAGGCUAUCUUGGCGACUCUCGUUGUUUGCGACUGGAAUGUUCGUGCCUGGACACUUCUAGAGGGAAUGCGAGGCUGCCGGAACUUGCACAUUCUUGGCAAGAACAAUCAUAUAAUAUCCCUUAUAGACGUCUUCAACGACGUCUUAGCGUAUAGUAAUCUCUCCCUGGUAUCGCCAUGCUUAGCACUACAGCACUACAUGCCACAGGUUGGCUAUCGCCCCAUCGAAGGCGAAGUCCCUUCCGUCGGACUAGAGCAAGCAACCUGUCUCAUGAACCACCGACACGCUACCAAGGACCGCGACGUGACUCUGAUAUGGAGUCUUGUCUGCGGGUCCAAACUCAUCAAGGCAUCUGUGGACUUUUGGAAGUCUCAAGUCGGACAGCCGCUAGCAACGGGAUUCCUCCUCUCCAGCUCUCCACGGCUCGAGGGCGAGCAUGGAUUUAGUUGGGCACCUUCACGGCCUAAUCUCUUACCCCCGACAGCCGACACUCACUGGUUCUCCAGUAAUAUAACAAGCAAAGGCGAAAAGAAAAAAUUAUGGCCCGCCUACAAUGGAGAAGGUAGUUCAAUAGGUACGAUAACCGAAAGGGGCCUCAAAGCAGAAUGGCUCGUAUGUCGAAUCUAUCGUAAUCGAUCCCUUCUCCCAACCCGUUUGGGCGGGUUCGCCUUCCUCGAUCAAGAGAAAUUGAGCGCGCUGCAAGUUCAUUAUUUUGUCUAUAAUGAAGGUGGACUCGAUCGAAUGGAUAGGAAGAGUAUAUACAAACUCGGUUCACUGGUUUCGCCCAUAUUCAAAAAGGGCUUUCAAUAUGUGGCACUUUUGUUCCCUGUGAUGACUGGUAAGGGCUCAGACGGAGGACCGAGACCGUAUCAGUAUCAAGGGGAAGGAGUCAAAGGUCCACUGAUGGUGAUCGCUGGUUCGAAUGAUUUCGAAGAGUGGGAGUGGCAGUUUGUGCAUGAGUGGGAUACAAGUGUUUUGUUGCCUCAGUUUAUUAGGCGGGAAGACAUAUUGCUAGUGUAG